CAAGCUCUCCCUCACCAUCCCUCACAGUACCCCUUCUGUUCCACCAUCCAAUUAUGUCUCUCCUCUUCAUAUCAUCCCCUGAACACUGUGCUAACAAAGGCCUGAACAUCAAGAAACUCAACAAGAAGAUCCUUUAUGGCCUCUCCACCUUCAUCUUCUCCAUCUUCUCCUUACUCCUCUUCAUAUAUUUCAUCCUUCACCCUUCCAACCCUCAAUUCUAUCUAAAAAACACCAAUCUCUACCAACUUACUAGCCUCUCAAACUCCACCAUUGAUAUCACCUUAAUGUCAAAGAAUCCCAACUCUCAUGUCGGCAUUUACUACGAUAAACUCAAUGUUUACACCACAUACAAAGGCGAAGAAAUCACCGAUAUUUCCGAGCUUCCUCCCUUCUACCAAGGGCAAGGAGAAACCAGCUUCUUGUCCACCUCCAUGCAAGGAAGUGGCAUGACAGUCAGCACAUCUCUUGGUUAUGAGUUUGGCCGUGACCGGAGCUCCGGCAAGCUUCUUCUUGGGGUGAAGCUUGAUGGACGGCUACGAUGGAAAGUGUGGUUCUGGGUUUUUGGGAGGUACCCUUUGCAUGUUUCAUGCACUGUAGUAAUUAGUUUCAGGCCUGGAGACAAUGCAGGGAUUUUGAGUGCAAGUGCUCAAGGGACACAGUGCUCCACUGAUGUUUAAUGAAAAUUAGGGAAACUGAAAUGAAUAAAGCCAUAUUUGGUCACUAGCUUCUGUUUUUUGUUCAUGUGUGCUAGUUUUUAUUUAUGUAUUUUUAAAAUGUUUGAUAUAGUUUAGAGCCCAGGUGCAUCUUCAUCACAUUUUCACAGCCAGCCGAGAGGUUUAUCUUGCGCUUAAUGGUAACCAUCAUGAUCCUAAUAUUCCUGUCUUAAUCAUCAAUCAGUGGAUUUUGGCUAUCAAUUCCUUGCUUAAUAGCGUGGGCAAUCCUCGCAUACAUCAAGUUAAGUUCCUGCUGAAUGGAUCAAUCCGGCCAACAAACUGGCAGUCCAAGACAAAAAUCUUCAUACUAUCACUCUUUAUCAGGGACCUCCCAAAUUGGAUCAUGAAUAGCUUCUACAAUGUUGGAUUCCAAUUCUAAUUCUUACUAUUUCUUUCUCCUGUUGUAUUUGUUUUCUGCAUUUUGUUCUUGUCUUGUUAUUUAUUUUUGUUUCGGUUUGUAAC